AUGACAAGUGUCAUUCCUUCAAGAAACCCAGAAGGUACAUACAGCUUUGCCAGCCAACCCAAAGUUGUAUCUAAAAGAAGGAUCUACAGAGAUGAUAUAGACGAAGAUGUAACCUAUAACUAUGGAAACCUGAUGUAUGACAGAAGAGUCAUCAGAGGAAAUACAUAUGCUCUACAUGUGUUGCCUGCUCAUGCUCAGCCCGAUCCUAUUGAAAUCCAAAAGCAAAUAGAAAGGAAACGUAAUGCAAUGGCUAGACGUAGGAUGCGUGAAGAACUUCGACCGAAAUCACCAUUACCAUUUGAUGGAAGAAUACAUCAACCUGUUCAAACAGAGCUUUAUUUAGAGGCACUAACAGAUCUUGUUGAAGAAAUUGAUGAACAAUGUCAAACAGAUGAAUUUCUUGAUCGACCACCAACACCUUUAUAUGUACCAGCAAAAGUUGGUAUGGAUGCUAUAACUCAGAUAUAUGAAGGAGAUUUAUUCGACUUUGAUUUGGAAGUUGGACCUAUUCUAGAAGUAUUAAUUGGGAAGACAAUAGAACAAUCUUUAUUAGAAAUAUCUGAAGAAGAAGAAUUGGCUAGUAUACGAGCUCAACAGAAUGCUUUUGAAGAAAUGCGUCAAGCGGAUCUUUUGGAAGUUGCAAGACUUACAGAACGUGAAAGACGUAUACAAGAAGAAAAAGAAAGACGUAAAGCUCAAUUUUUAGCUAUUGCAGAACAAGAAAGAGAAUUGUUAGCUAAAGUUGCUGCACAAGCCUUUGCUAAGGCAUAUUUAGCUGAUUUACAACCACAUGUAUUCAAUAAUCUAGCUGAAAAUGGAUACUUUUAUGAUCCAGUUGAAAGAGAUAUUGAAGAAGGAUUCCUACCUUGGUUAAUGGAAGAAAUCGAUGAAGAAAUAGAAUUAGAGAAUGAUGCCCGUUUACUGUUAGACGGGAUGAUCAGAGAAGUCGUUCAAGAGAGACAUCAUGAAUAUCGUCAGCUAGAAUUAUUAGCGGCUGAAAUGGCAUUAAUGCAAGAAGCUGGUGUUGCUUUAACUAGUAAAUCAGACCAACCAGAUAUUACUAAUAAUCAGCUUAAUAUGGAUGGAGAAAUUGAGAAUAUUGAAGAAAUUCCCUUAGAUGAAAUACAAAAAGGCAGAGAAGGAGAAGAAGACGAUGAUGAUGAUGAUGAUAAAGUGAAUGAAAAAAUUGAAAAGGAUGAUCAAAAUGAUGAAAGUCUAGUGGAAGGAGAAAAAGAUGAACUAAAUAGUGAAAUGAACGAUCAAGUUGGAAAUGAAACUGAUGAAGAGUAA